GGAAACAGCAUCACGCCCCGCACAGAUCCUUACAGAUAACACAGCCUUCCCUCGAGCACUCUGCUCUGAGCUUCCUGGUGCUGAACUUCAGCGCAGGCUUGCUGCAGCUGCUAACAGUAUCGCCGCCCCGGCUUUCGUGCUGCACAGCUCACCUCCACGUGCGCGCCUGCAUCCUCUCUCCGCCUGCGUUCAACAGACAGCCCGGCGCGCUUUGCGCAAAUGGAACAGAAAGCUGGUGUUGCGUGCGUCGCCGCUUUACUCCUGCUCGCUGGAGUGGUCGGGAUUAUACUGCUGGCGGGUCCCACCAAAGACGUGAGGGAGUCCCCGGAUUACAAGUAUGGAAUCGUGCUGGACGCUGGCUCCUCCCACACCGCCAUGUACAUUUACAAGUGGCCAGCGAACAAGGAGAACGACACGGGCAUCGUGAGCGAGCACAGCCAGUGCAAGGUGAAAGGGGCUGGGAUCUCAAGCUAUGCCAGCAACCCUCCUGGGGCAGGACAGAGUUUGGUGGGGUGUCUGGACCAGGCUGUGCAGGACGUCCCGAAGGCGAGGCACGCACAGACCCCCAUCUACCUGGGAGCCACCGCGGGCAUGAGGCUGCUCAACCAGACCAGUCCUAGUGACUCGGACCGGGUCCUCAGCACCGUGGCGUCCACGAUCCGCUCCUACCCCUUCGACUUCCGUGGAGCCAGUAUCCUGACGGGCCAGGAGGAGGGCGUGUUCGGCUGGGUGACCGUCAACUACCUGCUGGAGAACUUUGUCAAGUAUGGCUGGGUGGGGCGCUGGGUGAACCCCAGCAGGGACACGGUGGGCGCCAUGGAUUUCGGGGGCGCCUCGACGCAGAUCACCUUCGUGACGCAUGAGAAUAGCAGUGAGGAUGAGAUGAACCUGCGGCUGUACGGACAGGGGUACAGGAUUUACACACACAGCUUCCUCUGCUAUGGGAGGGACCAGGUGCUCAGGAAGGUCCUGUCCAAGGUCUUCAAGUCUCAGGGCUAUGGGAAGGCUGUGACUCACCCCUGCUGGCCGGCCGGUUACUCUGCACAGGUGACGCUGGGUUCAGUGUACGACUCUCCCUGCACGGCCCAUGAGAAACCCAGCGGGUACCGCUCUGAUUACAGCAUGCAGGUGACCGGGUCUGGGGACUGGCAGCAGUGCCGCUCGGACGUCAGCCAGAUCUUCGACUUCCAAACCUGCAAGCACUCCAAGUGCUCCUUCAACGGAGUGUUCCAGCCCAACGUCUCGGGCAACUUCAUGGCGUUCGCUGCGUUCUAUUACACCCACAGCUUCAUCCAGAGGACCACAGGCAUCAGGGUGGGCUCUGUGGAUGAGCUAGACCGGGCAGUGCAGGGCAUGUGUGCCAUGAAGUUUGACGAGAUGCUGCAGAAAGCUCCGGACCAGAAGACUCGGAUCCAGGAUUACUGCACGAUCGGCAUCUUCAUGCAGCUGCUCACCACGCAGGGCUACAAGUUUGACAACAGCACCUUCCCCAGCAUCUCCUUCCAGAGGAAGGCGGCUGACACCUCUAUCGGCUGGGCUCUGGGCUACAUGCUGAACCUCAGCAACAUGAUCCCCGCGGAGAGCCUGGCACUGCGCAAGGGCAUGCAGUUUGGUGCCUGGGUGGCGCUCCUCAUCCUCUUAGUGCUCGUCAUCCUCUGCUCUCUGCUGCUGCUGCUGCUGUACCGCUCCAAGAAAGAGGCCAGCGUGAUCUAACCGGCCCCCCACGCGUCCGUCCUGCUGCCCUGCCCGGACUCGCUGCAUGGAUGUGCAUUGACUGAUCCGUCCCGCGAUGGACAGCCCCACAUUUAAACUCUUUAUAAUGAUAACACCCGCCCCCGAAAACGGUCUGUGCAAACUCCUGAUGUAAUAACAUGUCCGCUUGCUUGAGGUUUACUUUAGUUUUUAUCUACAGGAUUUUGCAGGAGGGUGCUGGGAGAGGGGCUUCGCUUUGUGUGUUUGCAGGGUGGGGUUUGUUUCUGAUGUUUUGUCUGGUGUGGGGUGGUGCUGGGACUCCCGUUGCAGAGCAGUUUGAUCCCUUCCAGGUUUUACACACUGAGUGUAAUCAGAUAACAGCAGUACAAGUGUGGGAGCUCCCCGCAGCGCCUGGACUGGCUCCACCUGCCCUUCAACAGGACUCUGAUUAGCAGCCCUGAGAUCUGGCUGCAGCUCCUGUUCUUACUCAGUGCGCGUUCUCCACAGUGUGUUCAAGUGCUACAAAAACAAUGACAGUGAACUCGUGGGCCACCACAAAGCGGGAAGUGAAUCUGGAUGGAGGAACAUCUCUGUUGUUUUUCACGUUAACAAUUAAAAAAGAAACGAGAAGGAAAUCACAACAGAUGAGCAGUUGCCCCCGGAGACCAGCCAGGUGGUCAGAUAGAAGCAGCCAGUUCAAGCAGCAGUUACAUUGCCUUCAGUUCACCUCUAUAACAGACUGAACUGAGGCUGUGCUGUGAGACAGUCUCCUGUGAGAGCACCCAGUCCCUCUGCUGUCCCUGCUUCUGUCUGACCCGUCAGUGCGCGGUGAUGUCACCCUCCAGUCAUUGUGAUGUCACCGUGAGCUCCACCAAUGGCACGCAGUAUCCCAGGUGUGCACUGUUAAGAGUGGCUCAUGUAAAAUUCUUUGCUUCUUCUUUUCUAAACUGUGUAUUUCUCUAUAUUCUUUAGUGAUGUUGCUCUUGUCACGCUGUUCCUAGAUGUAAUGUAAUCAUUCAGGUAAGGAUGGUGCAGACUGUGGGUUCGGUAUCACUCUGUGGGUUCGGUAUCACUCUGUGGGUUCGGUAUCACUCUGUGGGUUCGGUAUCACUCUGUGGGCUCGGUAUCACUCUGUGGGUUCGGUAUCACUCUGUGGGUUCAGUAUCACUCUGUGGGUUCGGUAUCACUCUGUGGGUUGGGUAUCACUCUGUGGGUUGGGUAUCACUCUGGGCUCGGUAUCACUCUGUGGGUUCGUUAUCACUCUGUGGGCUCGGUAUCACUCUGGGUUCGGUAUCACUCUGGGCUCGGUAUCACUCUGUGGGUUCGGUAUCACUCUGUGGGUUGGGUAUCACUCUGGGCUCGGUAUCACUCUGUGGGUUGGGUAUCACUCUGUGGGUUGGGUAUCACUCUGGGCUCGGUAUCACUCUGUGGGUUCGUUAUCACUCUGUGGGCUCGGUAUCACUCUGGGUUCGGUAUCACUCUGUGGGCUCGGUAUCACUCUGUGGGUUCGGUAUCACUCUGUGGGCUCGGUAUCACUCUGUGGGCUCGGUAUCACUCUGUGGGCUCGGUAUCACUCUGGGUUCGGUAUCACUCUGUGGGCUUGGUAUCACUCUGUGGGUUCAGUAUCACUCUGUGGAGUCGUUAUCCGAACAGUGGACCAUGGCUUCAGAGUGAUGCCAGCCCUGCAGACACAUGCAUGUUUUUAUAGGAAGGUUUUUAAUGCCUGUUCAGUUAAGUGAUAAAGUUUCCCUGACAUACCGGUAGAAACCUCACAAAUCUAACCAUUAUGCACCAGUGCUCCGUGUGAUUCUUGCUUUGCAAUGCGGAGUCUUUUCACAUUAGCGGAUCACACAUCACCAGCACUGGCCACACAGGGUAUUUGGAUCCGCUAGUAAAGGGGUGUAUGCAGGAGGAGCAAUGCUGGGGAACACACUGCAGCUGAAACCUGCAGCAUUGCGAGCUGCAUUCACUGAGGACGCAAUGCACGUCUUUGUACAGCUUUCUGAACACGAUUUGUUUCUUUAUAUA